AUGGCGCCGCGACUUCCGGUCGAGAAUGGCUCCGUGCACCAUCCGCACGCUGAAAGCAGAGGACAGCUUUCCGCCUCGGCGGGAAGCGACGGCGGUAAGGCGGAACAGUCGCCGCCGUCGCCAGCGACGAAAGGGGUCGACGGCGACGCAGCGGCGCUGUCGCCGGCGCUAGUAGCGAGUGGAGACGAGGGCAAGGCGACGGCGCUGUCGCGGCACUCGGCGGCGGACUGGGUGGCGAUGGUGCUGUGGAUGGGGUGGCUGCACAUCCUGCUCGCGCUGCUGCUGCUCAUCGCGCUCACCUUCCCGCACCCCCUCGCCAUCGCGCUGCUGCUGCUCCUCGCCACGCUCGCCGUCGCGCCCGUCGACGUCGAGGGGCCCCUCGCCCAGGCCUACCGCAGGUCCGUCUCCCCUCCGCUCGUUCUCCGUUCGCUUCCUCUUUCGCUCGACAACUUCCCCUUACUUCGCCAAUGGCCGCCUGCUUCUUCCUCCGCUUCGAAGACCCACAGAAGGUUCAUCUACCCAGUGGUGCUGCGCCACUUCCUCGUGCGCCUGCUCUUCCAUGACCGCAGCAUUACCGUCACCUUGUUCAUCUACCCAGUGGUGCUGCGCCACUUCCCCGUGCGCCUGCUCUUCCAUGACCGGAGCGCCGUCACCUUCGGCGAGCCCUACGUGAUAGCAGUGGAGCCGCAUUCGGUGCUGCCGGUGGGGCUGGGCGCGUUCAUGUGCCAUCCGCUGGCAGCGGGGGGGGUGGCGGGCGCCACGAGUGCCAUCUUCCGCGUGCCGCUGCUGCGCCAGUGCUGGCAGUGGGCGCGCCUCGCCCCCGCCACCAGGCCUGUGCUGUCCUCUGUGCUGCAGCGCGGCCGCCCCGUCAUCAUCGUGCCGGGCGGCGUGCAGGAGUGCCUCUUCAUGGCGCCCGGCAAGGAGGUGGUGUUUGUCCGCCAGCGCUUUGGCUUCAUCCGCCUGGCGCUGCAGCACGGCGUGCCCCUGCUGCCCUGCUUCGCCUUUGGCCAGACCAGUGCGUACCGCUGGUGGAGGCCAGAGGGGGCAUGGUACCGGUGGGUGGCGCGGAGAAUAGGGUUCGCGCCGAUCGUCUUCUGGGGCAUGUGGGGGUCGCCCAUCCCCUUCCGCACGCCCCUCACCAUCGCCAUCGGCACUCCCAUCGGCCAGGGUGACCCUGAACCCAACCCCUCAAAAGAAAGGGUGGCAGCGGUGCAUGCAGAGUAUGUGAGGGCGUUGGAGCGCCUCUUCCUCCACCACCGCGCCCACGCGGGCUACCCCACCACGCACCUCGAGAUCAUGUGA